GUUCAUCAUCAUCUACUUCCGGGUCACGAUGCUGAAUUGUCAGAUUUCCAGUGCGGUGCAUGGCAUACCUGACAAGAUAGCUGACGACUCAUACAGCCGAACAAUUUUUAAUUUUUACUAGGCUUUUUAGGAGUUGAAACAACUCGAAGAAAGGCCAAGAAACUUUAGCAUAAUCAUUUAAUAGUUGCCGCUCUCUUCCUACGACACGAGAACCACUUUUCCCCCCCUCUAGGCGUGUGUCAUUGCUCCGGCGUGCUUAAAAAAAGAAGCUAGCGGCUCUCUUCUGAAAAUGGCGGAUGUGUCAAGCGAGAAGAGCCUGGACGACUUCUUUGCCAAACGGGAUAAGAAGAAGAAGAAAGACAAGGGCAAGGCCAAGGAGUCCUCUUCUUCCUCGACGGGCCUAAAAAAGAGCAAAAAGGAGAAUGAAAAGUCGUCAAAAGGCGACGGUUCGGACCCCAAUAUGGAUAAGGAGGACGAGGAGUGGAAAGAGUUUGAGCAGAAAGAAGUGGACUACAGCGGACUGAGGCUUCAAGCCAUGCAGAUCAGCGACGAGAAGGAUGAAGAGGAGUACGAAGAUGACGAGCAGGACGAGGAUGGGGAUGGAGACGUCCUCAUUGUCGCGGGCGGGGACAAAGUCUCCGGCCCUUGGAACAAGUCCACUUCUGCUCCUGCGCCAGCUCCGCCAGUGGAGGAUGUGGAGGCACCCGAAUCGAAGCCUUCGGGCGUGUACCGCCCCCCGGGGGCUCGCUAUACCUCAUCCAGACGAGGACACAACCAGGGACCGCCUGAGAUCUUCAGCGACGCCCAGUUCCCCUCCCUGAUGGCCACCGGCAAGCACGUGGAGACGCGCAAGGACCGCGAGAUGGAAAAGACAUUCGAAGUGGUCAAACACAAAGGCCGCGGCAGAGAAGACGGCAACACCGGCGCCGCCGUGCAACACCUGCAGCUGGACAACCAGUACGCCGUCCUCGGGGAUAAGUAAGACCCGCGGCGCGCCCCCUACCAAACCACCCGACCGAAACGCCGCCGGACCAAGAGGGGAGGAAAAUAUAAGCGGCUGAACGUUACAGCUGCGUGUGCCGUCACCAACACACGCACACAAUCACACCUAACAUUAACACGGCGGCGACAAAGUGGCGGCGAGGAUUUUGUCCACCACGUGCGUCUGGACUUGAUUGAGAUGAUCUUACAAACUUCUGUGGGGGGGAAAAAAUCUAUUUUUUUGCGCUGUUACACACACACGCACACACGUGGGGGUGUUUGGCGACGCUACCUCGACCACGUGGACUUCCUGCUUUGUACCCCGAACCCAAUAAAUCCUUCUCCUUCGGCGGCAAACAGGAUACUUUUUGGGAGUUUCGGGCGCCGUCGCCACGAAGACUCGUCCAAUUCCCAAAUAAAGUGGCCUUACGGAUACGAACGGCUCGGUCAUCGCAGGAGACGCUGCUCGUCUGAAGCGCAAAAUAUACUUGAACUCAACCGCAAAAGGAGGGGGGGGGAAUUAAAGAUGUAGUUUGGAGGUUUUCAACGCUUGUUUCUCAUAUCUAAUUUUAAGUUUGCUGGCUCAAAUGACACUUUUUCCGCACCGAGCAAAGUAGAAAGCAUUGAUUUGCGUCAUUCUCCAUGAUGGCUUUUCACCAUUUGUCAAUUUAACAUUUGUUUUGCAAGUUAAUUGAUGAGAAAUAAGUGUGCGUGUGUGUGUUCUUUUGGGUUAAUUCCAUAAUAAAGAGUUAAGUAAG